GUUGAUACUGAUUAUCGAUCUUGUUAUCUUGACGAUCUUGUCUGUACAGUCCCAGUUCUCGACGAGAGCAAGUAAUGCAGACUCCCCUAUCCGAUGCUAGUAGUGUUACCGCGGAGGAUGAGGAGUUCCGCUCUUAUUUUGCUGAUGCUACCAAAGAAUGCGAAGCGUUCAGAAUUCUUCUAAUCGGUAAAACAGGCUCAGGUAAAUCAACGCUCGUGACCGAGGUGUUCGACUUUGAGUUGGAGGCUCAGGACUGUCAGGUGAACGAUUACGAGGUCGGCGAGCACGACAUCAAUCACCCUAUCCUGUCGUCGAACAACCAGUCCCUGAUCCUGCACGAUAGCAAAGGCCUCGAAGCAGGCUCUGACGCGAAUCUAAAGCUUGUCACGAAUUUCAUACAUGAUCGCAAGGGUAGACCGUUUGCAGAGCAACUUCAUGCGAUAUGGUAUUGUGUCGAGAUUCCCAUCAGUGGGGAGCGUGUGCUUGAAGGCGGAGAUAUCGCCCUACUUGAAUCCUUAUUAAGCAUGAAAAACACAGUCCCGUUAAUCGUGGUCUUUACAAAACUGGACAGACUCCACCUCCACGAACAACUCCGCCUCAAGAAGGCUUACGUUAAAGGUGGAAUGGAUAGCAAAGCUGCUACGGCCAAAGCUAAAGCGGAAUGUGUUGCCACGUCUGAGAUAAGAUUUACAACUUCAUGUGUCGAAGUCCUCCAGUCCCAAAGGAUUCCGCGAGCAUGGUCGAAUUAUUGUGCGGUUUCGAACAAACAGCCACAGACGAUCGUCAAGUUGGUCGAACUGACAAAGUCGAUGCUCACCGAUUCAGAGACGCUUAAUAUUUUAUGGGCGCAAGCGCAGAUGAUUGAUGUCGACCUCAAAGUGAGCUUGUCGUUACGGGCGGGAAAGAACUUGUACAGGUUGGGGAUUUUCACGUCCAUGGUACCAAUGAAAACAGUGCGUAAAAUCUCUAUGCUCAAGGUUCUCAGCGGUAUACAUUCCGAUGUGGUGCAUAUAUGGAAUCUCAACGACCCUGAAGAAAUCCUGAUUGGCGCAAACAUGCGCACGAUGGUUCGCCAGCUCUUCAUCGAUCCGGCUAUCUUUCCAGUUCUAGAUGGUUCCCCAGGGCCAGAUAACAACCCAUCUCGCAUUAUCGAGACCAUAGUGGGCGCUGCCCUCAACCCCAUCACCAUGGUCGGGCCUGUCAUUACAGGCGCAUUGGGGUAUUUGGAUGACAUCGUAGAGACGACACCUGCCGCUGCCCGAGUUUUGAUGGCGUAUAUCGCUGAUUUGACACUCGGAAUGGAAAGUCUUCACUGGGUGAUCCGACAAAAGAAAGAUAAAGUCGUGACAGACGAGGACAUCAUCAAAGCUUUCACCAGAUAUCGCAUAUCUGAGAACCGAAACCAGGUGCACAAGAAAAUUCGCGAUUUCAUCGGCGACGAAAAUAUCUCUCGACCGUUCAAACGCGAGAAGGUGCUAGAGAGGGUGAAGGACAUUGUCGCAAAGUGUCGCCUCAAUCCCAAGGAGAUGUUCAAAGAUCGUCAAGCCAAGUAAUACUAUUCGAUAUUUCUCGAAGCACAGUGCUAGUCUAUUGAGACUUGAGUGGUCUUUGUGGGGAGAAUAGGGCACGAGGUUUUUCGGGGCGAUCUGUUGAAAAUAUAUCUGUACUGUUACAUGGUGCUUAGCUUUUGAGACCGCAAAUCCCAUAACUGUACAAGAAUUGCAGUAUAUAACCACUGAUAUCACAUGUCUUUCUCCUACUUAUGCACAAAUGGAAGCAUGAUCCACAC